AGGCGGGCGAGCUUGCGCGGCUCACGGCGGCGGGCAUCCCCUUCUACGGUUAGUGGGGACAAGCGGUCGGGCUCCUCGGAGGGGGAAUGCAGCAGGGCAGGGCGGAGAAGACGAGCCCGAGGGCUCAGCCUCCUCCGCAAGGGAGCCCACGGAGGGAGCUCCUGCGUGAGAAUCGGCGUGGACAACCGCCGCCGGGGGAAACGGAUCCCCUGCGCCCUGGUCGCCAGCCCUACCAUGUCCAGAGCGCGCUGCAAGAAGAAGAAGAGGAGGCUUAAAGGGACGGCUUGCCGGAUUCGGUUUCCCGGGCACGGCUUUUGCGAACCCCCUCAAUCCGGGGCGCUGGGAAAUGGUGCCAGGACGGAGGAGAGACGGCGAGAGUUGAGAGCAGCAGCAAGAGGAAGAGGAGGAGGAAGAGGAAGAAGAGGAGGAGGAGGUGGAGCAGGGCAACGGCUCAGCCGUCGCUGAGCCCGGAGAAAGUUGACCUCUUGCGCGGAAAGUGAGAUAACAUGUAUGCUUGCUGCUCUACGGUGAUUCAGGAGCAGGAUCUCAACAGAAAAAUGCGUAUCUGGAUGGUGCAAACCAUCACUUUUGCUUUAACAUCUCUUGUCCUGGCCUGGGCGGAGAGCAUCGAAUAUUAUGGCGAGAUCUGUGACAAUAAAUGUCCUUGCGAGGAGAAAGACGGCCUCUUAACGGUGAGCUGUGAGAACCGGGGCAUCAUUAGCCUCUCUGAGAUUAGUCCUCCCAGAUUCUCCAUCUAUCAUCUCCUGCUGUCUGGGAAUCUUCUCAAUCGGCUCUACCCCAAUCAAUUUGUUAACUACAGUGGGGCUUCUAUUUUGCACUUGGGGGGCAACGAUAUCCAAGACAUUGAAACGGGAGCCUUUCAUGGUCUGAGGGGCUUAAGGAGGCUGCACCUGAACAACAACAAACUGGAGAUAUUGAGAGAUGACACUUUUGUAGGCCUGGAGAGCUUGGAGUAUCUUCAAGUUGAUUACAAUUACAUCAGUGUCAUCGAGCCCAGCUCCUUCAGCAAGCUCCACCUGCUGCAGGUGCUGAUCCUGAAUGACAAUCUCCUCUCGUCAUUGCCCAACAACCUGUUCCGCUUUGUGCCCUUGACUCAUCUCGACCUAAGGGGCAACCGACUGAAACUUCUGCCAUACCUGGGCCUUCUGCAGCACAUGGAUAAGGUGGUGGAGUUGCAGCUGGAGGAGAACCCAUGGAAUUGCUCCUGUGAACUAAUCUCCCUGAAGGAUUGGCUGGACAGCAUAUCCUACUCAGCCUUGGUGGGGGAUGUAGUGUGUGAAACUCCUUUCCGGUUACACGGGAGAGAUUUGGAUGAGGUUUCCAAGCAGGAGCUUUGCCCUCGGAGACUCAUCUCAGAUUAUGAGAUGAGACCGCAAACUCCACUAAGUACUACAGGGUAUUUUCAUACCACUCCAGCCUCUGUAAACUCUGUGGCUACUUCUUCUUCAGCUGUUUACAAAACACCUUUGAAACCCAAAGGGACACGCCAGCCUAACAAGUCUAGGGUGCGUCCCACCUCUCGAUUGCCCUCCAAGGAUCUGGGAUACAGCAAUUACGGCCCUAGCAUUGCUUACCAGACCAAAUCCCCGGUGCCUUUGGAGUGUCCUACAGCUUGCACUUGCAACCUACAGAUAUCUGACUUGGGCCUCAAUGUCAACUGCCAAGAAAGGAAGAUCGAGAGCAUCUCAGAACUCCAACCCAAACCGUAUAACCCCAAGAAGAUGUACCUGACUGAGAACUACAUUGCCCUGGUGCGCAGGUCAGAUUUCCUGGAUGCUACAGGGUUAGAUUUGCUCCAUCUGGGCAAUAACCGUAUCUCGGUCAUUCAGGACCGGGCCUUUGGGGAUUUAACUAAUUUGCGGAGGCUUUAUCUGAAUGGGAAUCGGAUUGAAAAAUUGAAUUCAGAGCUUUUUUAUGGGCUUCAGAGCUUGCAGUACCUUUUCCUGCAAUAUAAUGUCAUCCGGGAGAUUGAGACAGGCACGUUUGAUCCUGUGCCCAAUUUACAGCUCUUGUUUCUCAACAACAACCUGCUGAGAUCUUUACCUGUGGGCAUUUUUUCUGGCUUAACUCUCUAUAGAUUGAAUCUGCGGAGCAAUCACUUCUCCUACCUUCCUGUAAGUGGGGUGCUUGAUCAACUAAAGUCCUUGCUGCAGAUAGAUCUUCAUGAGAAUCCAUGGGAUUGUACAUGUGAUGUGGUGGGCAUGAAGUUAUGGCUUGAACAACUCAACACGGGAGUCCUUGUGGACCAGGUAAUCUGUGAAUCCCCUAAGAAAUUUGCUGAGAAUUAUAUGAGGAACAUCAAACCAGAGCUGCUCUGUCCAGACUAUUCUGACAUCAUUGUUUCCACACCCACACCAUCAUCCAUGCAGGGACCAGCAAGGACCACCUCUUUCUCCAAUUCGGGGCAGUUCAAUAGCACCAUGGAAGAGGACAGUUCAGCAUCACCUUCUGGUGGCUCUUCUUCCUCCUCUUCCUCUUCUUCCACGGUGCCUUUAUCGGUGCUGAUUCUCAGCUUACUGCUAGUCUUCAUCAUGUCUGUGUUUGUGGCUGCAGGUCUUUUUGUGCUGGUUAUGAAACGUAGGAAGAAGGUUCAAGGUGACCAUGCCAGCACCAACAACUCAGAUGUGAGCUCCUUCAACAUGCAGUAUAGCGUAUACACAGGAGGGGGAACUCCCCAUUCUCACCUCCACACUCAUCACCAGCAACAUCCACAGCAUCUUCACCGUGGAGGAGGAGGAGGCGGCGGCGGUCCAGCUUUGCCUAAGGUGAAAACCCCAGCUGGACAUGUCUAUGAGUACAUCCCUCAUCCUUUAGGCCACAUGUGCAAGAACCCCAUCUACCGCUCCAGGGAGGGCAAUGCGGGUGAGGAUUACAAAGAUCUCCAUGAGCUCAAGGUGACCUACAGUAAUCAUCAUCUCCAGCCCCAACCCCUUCCUCCCUCACAAGUUUUGGGGCCACCUCCUGCAGCUCCAGGGGGACAAGAGGAAUCCCUCCGGAACCCCACAUACAGUGUCAGCACCAUUGAGCCUCGGGACGAGUUGCUUUCCCCUGUUCAGGAUGCUGAUCAUUUUUAUAGGGGCAUUUUGGAGCCUGACAAACACCCUUCUUCCACCUUGGGGGGCAGUAACCUCCCUGAGUACCCUAAGUUCCCUCCAACUGCCUACACCUAUUCCCCUAACUAUGACAUUAGGCGCCCGCCUCACCCCUACUUGCAUUCCGGCUCGGGGGACAGUAGGCUCCGGGAAACAGUGCUCUACACUCCCCCAAGCACUGUUUACGUAGAGCCCAACAGGAACGAAUACCUGGAGCUAAAAGCAAAGCUAAAUGCAGAGCCGGACUACCUCGAAGUAUUGGAAAAACAGACCACUUUCAGUCAGUUUUGAGAUCUCCUUUUCCUCCCAUCCCGUUCUCCUAGACAGCAUUUGUAUUUAAUAACCACACACAAAGAAAUACAAUGGUGACCUGCUCCUGUCUGUGUCCUUUUCCUCCCCAACCUGCCUUUGCUUCAUUUGUUGGAAGGCAAAUUGCCUUGGCACAGGGAUUUCCACCUUUGGGGGAAAAGUAAUGAAAGGAGUCAGAGUUCUAGAUCGCUAUUUCUCUCUUUUGCAGCCCAUAGGAACCAAUUGAUCGAGUGAACGUAGGCACAGUUUUUUGUUCUCUCAUCCCUUUUUAUGCGGUGUGUUGUUUUGCUUAAAGGAAGCAUUGGCGUCUGUAAAACAAAAGGGUAUCAUUCAGCUGGAUGUCAGAAAAAAAGGUCAUAGAAAUCACUUUAUCCUGUUAUUUUAUGUCGGGUAUGCACUGCUGACAAUUUAAUUCUCCCUUGGUUUAAAACAAAACCAAAAAAAAAAUAUGCAGGGCACCAAAUCCCAUUUUUAGCCACGAAUGGGUCUGAUUGGUAUUUGGGGGCAAGAUUAGCACACCCUGAAUUUAAUACAAGGCAUUUUGUUCUUUCCCUUCCCCUUUUAUUUUUAUUUUUUAAGAAAAGAAAAAAGAAAAAAAGAGGAUGUAUUUGUAUGUUUCUGGACUUUUGAUUAAAAACCAAUAUUAUGAUCUCAAAAGAAUCACCAUAGAUGUGGACAAAUCAAUAAAGAGUUCAGAGAUAUAUGAUCCAUAACUGGGUAGUAAAAUAACUUAUUGAAAUAUAUACAAAAAAAGGAAAUAUUUUAUUGUAGCUCCUAUUUUUAUAUGCGCGCUCACACACAGACACAUAUAUAUGGUAGCAUUUCCUUCAAUGUUUGAGGGUCCCUUGUGAAUGGAAGAAUUUUCUUAGCCAUAGACUAAAAAGUGAUAAAAGAAAUGUUUAGACAUGCAUAUCAUACAAUUGCAUUUGGCAACCUGCUAGGAAUGAUGUCAAUUCCUCGUUCUGCAUAAAACCAAUGGCUCAUAGUAGUUGCUGUAUAAUGUGUGUAAUGGCCAGUAGAGAGGAUAGUAUGGAUAAAUUCUGAUUGCUGUCCUGCAAAGUUUCAUCUUCCUCAUGUCUCUGGUGACCAGAAAGAUGAAAUCUCAAUUAAAGGUUAGGUGUUCUUCAGCCUUAAAAGAGAUUUCAGUUUUCUAACGACCAUAGAAUUGUAUCCUGAGACAUAUAUGAAACAUCUGACUACAACUUUACCUAUGACACCUGCUUCCACAUUUUUUGACAAACAGAUUCCUCCUUGGCCAAAAUAUUAAGUUUGUUGGGUUUUUCCCCCUUCCCACAACGAUGUAGUUUUAUCAGAGUCUAUGAUUGGCUCAGAAGGGUAGCGUGGCAUUCUCUGAUUUGCAAAGCAAUCCCAGCCCUGGGUAAUCCCAGAAGUGUUAGGGGGAAAAAACAAUUAGAAUGAUCAAACCUCAUAGACAACCUAAGGCCAAAAAUAACAAUAACAACAACAAUAACAAUAAUAAUAAUAAUUCAGGGAACAUGAAAGAAAGCUAUAGGAGAUUUAUUUAAUUGUGGCUGUUCAUUAAUAAUUACUUUGAUGAGUCUCACAAUAGAAUGAAUAAUUUUGCUAAUUCAGUGAGGGAGGUGUAAAAAUUACAGUUAUUAGGAUUAUUUUAUUAGCCAGAUUUUUAGACCGGAUUUGGCAUUUGUUAUCAACCUAUUGAGUCCUUCCCCAGAACCUAUUUUUAUUAUUAUUAUUGUUGUUAUUAUUACUUGAGGCAGAAUUAUGUUUCAUUUUGUUUAAACGACACUAGCAAAACAGCUUGGCAGUUGCUGAAGCCCAUUUCAAACCAUUCAUUCAAGUAGAAUUGCCUUUGAAGAGAUCUCUCUGUUACCCCGGCAUCUUGAAAGGCCAUAGAGUGGACUGUUCAAAUCUAUUUAUGAUGUAUCCAUCCUUUCUUCUUUGAACACCAAGCAGUGGCAAACAUAUCCAUAAAUACAGAAUCAACUGUAUGAUGGGACAGGAUGUGUUCUAUGUAUUCCAGCACAUGUAUAUUUUUUUUAAGAAAGAAAAAAACAACAACUUUAUAAAUAAAUACUUGAUAACAAUUUC